AUGGCACGUAAAAUCAAGGAGGUAGAUGUUAAGUCGAAGUCGGAAGAACUAAAUUUGUCCGCUAGUGACGUUUCCGAUAGUGAAAUGGAGGGAUUUUCUGAUUCAAAUGAUAAACACGAUGAAUCCAGUUCUGGGGAUGAGCUUGAGGUUGAAACUAAAGGUGAAUCGGCCCAUACCGUUAAGAAAUUGGAUAGCUCAAAGAAAGGUUCAACGAAACAGACAAAGAGUCCUUCUGGUGUAGAACUCUCUUCAAUACUGUAUAUCUCCAGGCUACCUCAUGGGUUCCAUGAACGCGAAUUGUCAAAGUAUUUCUCCCAGUUUGGUGACCUGAAAAAGGUAGGUCUAGCUAGAAACAAGAAGACUGGUAACUCUAGACAUUACGGUUUUGUGGAGUUCGUCAACAAGGAUGAUGCGGUCAUCGCGCAGGAUUCAAUGCACAACUACCUUCUAAUGGGUCACCUGUUAAAAGUCGUUGUUCUUCCAAAGGGUAAGAAGAUUGAAAAGCUCUACAAGUAUAAGAAGCGUGUUCACAAGGAGACAUACAUAAAGAGUGUUGAAAAGGCCAAGAAAAAGGCUAACGCAAAACAUCAGCAGAGAAUAGAAAAAUUAAACGCCUCCGGCAUUGAAUUCAAGUGGUAG